GGUUGCGCUCGCGUCGUGCCUCUAUACAAAACGAGUGAAGUGCGUUGACACUUAACUGUUGUGUGAAUCAUUGUCAAUCGGUUGCUUAGUGCUUGCCGUAUUAGUAUGCACAGCCCGUAUCCAUGGAGGCAGGUCGCGCGCGUAACCGUGACGACAACCCCGGUUUACGGACUCCGAGCCUCGGGCUGACCAGCGUUCGGCACAUUGUCACUAAACUCGAGGCUGAAUACGCUCGCUCCGUAGCGACCAACUCUAUCGGAAAUGAAAUAGUCAGAUACAAAGCCGAUGAAGAUAACGAUUACUAUACCUUCCCUUUCGACUCGAAAGUGCACGUGUUUAAUAGAUUCGUUGUCAACUUGUUAGCGGCACUGAGCAAAUGCAUACCUAGUGUUACGUUCGCAAAUUUCGGUUUCAUCGCCGUGACAACGGGCUUGUUUGCUCCGAGGAUGAUAUCUUACUUGGUCCUAUAUCCGUUUUGCAGAUUGGUAUUUGGAACUCUCUACCCGGCGUAUGCUUCAUAUAAAGCUGUGCGGACGAAGAAUCUAAAAGAAUACGUAAAAUGGAUGAUGUACUGGAUCGUAUUCGCCCUGUUCACAUGCACGGAGACCUUCACAGACGUGUUUCUCUCGUGGUUCCCUUUCUACUACGAAGUGAAGAUAGUGCUGGUACUGUGGCUCCUGUCCCCGGCCACGAAGGGAUCCUCGAUUCUCUACAGAAAGUUUGUUCAUCCCGCGCUCUGCAGGAGAGAACAGGAGAUCGAUGAGUACAUAGCGAAGGCCAAAGACCAGGGUUACCACACUGUGCUCAAUUUGGGCACCAAAGGCGUCAACUAUGCCACUACCGUUAUCAUGCAGACGGCGAUUAAAAACUUCAAUCUGCCGGGUCCCGUGCAAGACAAUGAGGGUAGACGGGUGAUACAGAGUCGCGACGUCACUGACUAUCCCGAUUACGAAGAUAUCGAGUAUCAGAACACGGACAAUUUGCCUGGCAUCGUGGAAAUAGUCGAGCUCGACCACGAGAGCGACGACAACUUACGCGUGGGCGACGGAGAUGUCAACGAUCCCGAUUACAUUCCAGAUUAUACGUCAGCUCGCAGUCGCGGCGACGUUGUACGUAAACGCAAACCCGCCAAAGAGAAACGCCCUAGAAGCAGAUCUAGAGGGCGUCGCACUCGAAGCCAGGCGGCUACGGACAAAGACAAAGUUACGGGCGGCGGUGGUCUAGUACAGCAGUUGCGCAAGAGCUACAGUCUGUCCGACCUGAGCGAGUGCGAGCCGCGGGAAGAGCGCGGCUCCGACGAGGCCGACGACGUACUCGCCGAGCCGAGGCUUAUCCGGCGAGCUGUCAAGAGCGGAUACGCGACUCGGAGGAGUGCGUCGGAGUCCAACAACCGCUCGCCCAUUUACUUCCCAGAAGUGGACGUGGACGUGCGCAACACGCGCAGUCGCAUGGACGAACCUGACUUUAGUCAUAUAAAAUCAACGGAGGACAUAAGCUCGGGCUACUCGAGUGCAGAGAACUCUGCCUCGCUCACGCGCACUGCGUCAGUCGGUGCGUCUCGCUCUCGCGCGCGCACCACUCGUACCACCGUCACCACCAUCAAACGACCACAAGCCGCCGAGGAUGAUCACAUUAUCAUCGAGGAGCCUCAGGAAAACGAUAUCUUUGAUUAUACAAACAUGCCCCCUCUCGUUAAUUUCACAUCGCCUCUACUCGUAUCCCAAACCGAUCCACCAUUUAUUUAUCAAUACGUAGGGAAUCAGAUAAAAAUAAUAAAAUUAUUAAGUAACUAUCCCCAGAAUAUUGAUUUUAAUAAUCAAAAUGAUAAUUCAGAUAAUCGGGACCAAAAAGAAGCCUGUGAGGAAAAUUCGCCAUCUUUAAAAGAAAUAAAUAAAAUGCCCAAUGAUACUUCUAAAACAGAUGUAAAUUUAACUGAUAAAGAUAUUCAUACAGACAUUCCCGUCAAAAUUCAAAGCAAAGACAAUGAUUAUAAAAAUAUCACUGAAUCUAAAAAUACUGAGUCCUCAAAAGAUAAUGAGAGCGGUAUAAGUUUGGAGGAAAGAUGUACACCUGAAAUCAAAUCUAAUUCUACUGAAAUUAACGAUCAACAUCAAAGCAAAUCUGAUGAUAAUAAUAUUACAGAAGAAUUUAUUGACGCUACUUUAGAGAAUAAUAAUAAACCAGAAACGAACGUUUUAUAUAACAUUGUAAAUGAUAACAGCGAAAGCAAAUCUAUUGACAGUAAUAUCACGGAAGAAUUUAACGAUGCAACUACUCGAGAUAUAACUAUGGAUAUAUCAGUAACAAAUGAUUACGAUUCUGCAGAAAGCGAUAGUGAAGGUUCUUUUGGUACUCCAGUUUCUACCCCUAAAAGCGGCAGAAAGGCAAAUAAGGGCAAGUAUGGUAAGAAUAAAGCACCACCACCCCCACUGAAACCAGAUGAAACCAUACCGCAAAAUUCGAAUGAUGACAAAGCUAUUAGUUUAGACAAUUUGCAUAAUUUAGUUGCUAGCAAUGAAGAUCAGAUUCAAAAUAUUACCAAAAGUGAAAAACAAGAAAUAAAUACGGAUUCUGUAAAUUUUACUAACGCACAAGGCGCUUUCGUCAUCGUUAACGAAAUGUCAGAAGUUUGUAUCGAACAAAAAAAUUUAGACCCUGUAUCUGUAAACGAUCCUAGACAAAAAUCUAAAUCACCGAUGAGACAUUCUAAAGGUAGUUCAGCUUUUGGAAAAUUACUACAACUACCGGGGAAGUUGGCGUUUUGGCAUAAAACUGACGACAAAAAUACUGAUAAUGAUAACGUGUCAGAUGCAUCAGAUGCAAGUAGAAAAUCUUCUUUAGAAAAUAUUACAGAUGUCUUUCAGAGCUGUUCUAACCUGAAUUUGACUUCAAGUAACGAAUCAUUAAUUCAAAUAACUGAAGUACUCGAUAAAGGAGAUAAUUCAUGUGGAGACAAUAUAUCUAACGACAUUUCCUUGAAAAGUGAUGCUUUGCAGAAAGUUAUUGAUGCUAAAUUAGAAGAAAUUCAUCCUGAGUAUAAAUUCGUUCCUUUACAUGACGAAAUACCGACUACGUCAAAAAGUACAGAUGUUUAAACUGAUCCUAAAUUCCCGUCUCCAGUUGUAGAGGCCCAGCAUCAAAGAGCAAUGCUGUCGGCCUCUGCUACAAUACCUCGCGCAAAAAAGUCUAAUAAAAGGAAAACACAAUAAAUUAUUGCACGCCAUUUGGUACUUAUCGUGUAAAUAUGAUGUUUUUAUCAUAAAGCCAGUUGAACUUUGUUCAAUAAAAAAAACAUAGUUUGAUCGCGCGCUCUGUUCCUUUAAAAUCGCAUUAAACAAAUACAUUUUUAUUCUUUCUUCGUAUAUAUUCAAUAUUUUUUCAAACACAUGAAUUUAUACUUAUUAAUAUGAUACUGACUUUAUAUAAGGAACAUAUCAUUUCAUAAAAUUUUAUUACAUAGCUUUAAUAUUUAUCUAUUAUAUAUUUAAAAAAAACAUACUUAGUUACUUGAAUGAACACAGGUACACAAUAAUUUGCUUAAAAAUAUAAGGUCACAACAUCAAUCACACUAUUACAUUUAUUCAAUAACAAUACAAUAUUAUUGAUAGUUCAUUUAUGUGUUAAUAUAAAAGUAUUAAUAAGUUUAGUUAAUAGUGUAAUAUGUUAAUGUUUGUUUAUGAUAAAUAAUAAAACAAUUAGUUGAAUUCUCGUGCAAUAUCGCUGUUGAUAAAAAGUUACCAGUUAUACUUUAUAUGUGACAUCAUGAACUAAGCAUAUAAUGCACACAAGCCUUAUUGUUUGAAUACUCAUAUUAUAUUAAUUAAUCUGCUUGCUGUAAAAUAAUGGGAUGUUAAAAAUGUAAAACAUUUUAAUUUUCUCGAUAGGUAAUUAUUAUAACAUUAUAUAGAUAAUUUAGUGAAGUUUUUCACUAAAUUAUUUAUGUAAGUACCUACUUACUUAUAUAAUUUACAAAAACAUAUAAUAUAUAAUAUGAAUGUCUAAAACCAAAUUAAUUAGUUAGGUUCUAAGGAAUGCCAUUAAAAGGGUGAAAUAAGAUUGUUCAAUAGGUUUAAUUUUCGAUGAUGCUGGGAUGAUAAAUGAACCAUCUAAACAUUAAAAUUUGCAAAUAUAAUAGUUACUUAUUAGGAUCAAGUAUGGUUCACUGAAAAUUAAUAAACCAUCCAACUGCGAGCCCUUAUAUUUAUGUAUUGUCAUACUAGCAUGCUAUUCUGUAUUAUUGACGCAAAUUGUUUAAUUUAUAUACAAUUCAUUGAAUACAUAUUAUAAUAAAAGUAAAAUUGGUAGGUAAAUUAUAUAAUUUUAGCCAAGAAUGCCAAAUUAAGGAUGUCUCAAAAGUUUGUGUCUCUGAUUUGUAAAUGUAGUUUAUUAUUAUUAGUAUUUAUUAGAAAGACAGCUAGUCUUAGUUAAUAGCAAUUAAAAUAAUGAGUGUUGGUGAAUCAUGUAUUCAGAUUUGUGAUAGAAUAAUAAUAAUUACAAUACUGUAAUCAAUUUAUAAAGUUGUAUGAUAAAAUCAUCUGAAUUUAAUAAUAUAAAACAGAACACCUAUGUUUUGGUAACAGCUUAGAUUUUAGAAACUACCUAAUUUAAGAAUCGUUGUUUACAAUUUGAACAAUUUUUCAGACUAACAGACAGACAGACAGUAGAGUGGCAUUAAUAGGGCUCCGUUUUAAUCUUUGAGUUCAAAACCCUGAAAAGACCGAAAAUACAAAUAAAUAAAUAAAUAAAGACGCAAUCUCACCAAAUUAGUACCAAUGGAAGUUUAUUCACAUAGAAUAAUACAAACUAUUACUAGAUAGUGAUUUUACAAUUUUUAUUAGUCAUGUACAUAAAUUCAUACAGGCAGUAUUGUAAUAUCAAUACCUAGUGAUGGUUUUUAUUUAUGUGUUUUCUCAUUAUGAUCAUUUGUUCCUUGUUAAUUAGAAAGUUAAGAUUUUUGUAUAUUAUAGAUUUUAGUUUGCUUGCCUAUUUUGUAAUUUGAAUUUUUGCAGACAUGACAGCAUUUUUAAGCUUCUUUUGUCUUAUUCCCAAUGUUAAAAUGAAAAGCAACUCAGGUUUUUUAAGUUAGUCAGCUAAAAGCUAAUUUCUACAAUUGCUAUAUUGCUGGGAAAUUAUUAAAAGUAUGUAUGUAUGUUGUGCCCAAAUAUGCAAUUUUGUGUUUGGUUAAAUGAAAAUAAAUAAAAGAAUGUAUUUUAAAAUA